CGCUCAGAGCAGAGACUCACAACAGUGAGGCGGAGCUGGGAAUGUAUCAGCUACUGAAGCCGUGCUUAAUUCAGUAACGUUACCUCCACUCACUCGCCUACAAGAGCAGGAAAUUCCCCGGCAGAUAAAGCCCAGGAGGAGCGUCGCGCGCGUCCGUCCUAAAGCUAACCAUCUACAUGAGGAGGAUAGAGAGGUUUGUGACGAAUCAGUCAGGACUCGAUACUAGGACGGGCAGCAGAGGAGCACAAAGCCGGUGGAGUGUCUCUGGAGCGGGUGAGAUCAAGCCCAGCCCCCCCACAUACACACACAGACCGGCCUGCUGCUCUUAGCCUGUUGCUGCUGUGUAUGUGAUCUCAUCAUAACAGUCCCUCUUAUAUCUCACAUAUCUCAGAAACACACACGUCUGUAAGUAGUUUGGAGUUGUUUUGUCUUUGUUUAGAGGCUGGCUGGUGUAUUUUGCAGAAGUAUAGCGUUCUGCAGCUGGCUAAUCAGUUAGCUGUAGCAUAUCGUCGUGUGUACAGCAGCCUCACGGACAUGAUGUAGUCUGAUUAUUAGAUCUCUUUUUUAUUAUUAUUACAAGACAAACCAUGUCUGAUAACAGGGCACGUGGCAUUAACCAACGAGUUUGGCGUAUUUAAACCCCGCUUCUUCUAACGUUACAUGUUAACGGCUAAGUGGCGUCACUUGUUCCGUGCGACAUAAUCUCGUUUAAUUCAGCGAAGAGAUUUUUAUGCAGUAAAACUGUGUACAACAUAAAAUGUGAGUGUGUAGUUGACUUCACUCGGCUUAAGUUGAACCAAACUGUGAAUUUGCUGAGUAACUCGUCUUGUGUAUGAGGAAAUACUUUAUGAAGAGCUAACUCUCAUUAACUCUUGACUGGACUAAUCAUCUGGAUGUCCCCUACCAUCAUUGGAGUCAGUGGACAUUUGCUGGAGAAACGUUCACGCAGGGGCUUUUAUUUGACUGCUUUUGGUGGAUAAAGUCCAGGGAGAGACACCCGGCAGCACCAGCCUGUAUCCUCAUCAUUUGGCUGCUUAAGUGAGUCCCCGAUGCGGAGGGGCUGAGUGCGCCCGGGACAUGUUGAAGUGUAUCCCGCUGUGGCGGUGCAACCGUCACGUUGAGUCUGUGGAUAAGCGGCACUGCUCGCUCACUGCGGUGCCCGAUGAGAUCUACCGCUACAACCGCAGUCUGGAGGAGCUGCUCCUGGACGCCAACCAGCUGAGAGAGCUGCCUAAGCCUUUCUUCAAACUGCACAAUUUGCGAAAGCUGGGCCUCAGUGACAACGAGAUUCAAAAAUUGCCGCCCGAAGUUGCCAACUUCACACAGCUGGUUGAGUUGGACAUCUCCAGAAAUGAUAUUUCUGAGAUUCCUGAAAACAUUAAAUUAUGUCAGGCCUUGGAGAUUGCAGACUUCAGCGGAAACCCCUUGACCAGGUUGCCUGAUGGCUUCACACAGCUCAGAGGACUGGCUCACCUAUCACUCAAUGAUGUGUCGCUGCAGUCUCUACCCAAUGACAUAGGAAACUUGUCAAACCUGGUGACUCUAGAACUGAGGGAGAAUCUACUGAAAUCUUUACCCUCCUCUCUUUCCUUCCUGGUUAAACUGGAACAGCUGGAUCUGGGCAGCAAUGUACUGGAAGUUUUGCCUGACACACUUGGGGCACUGCCCAAUCUUCGUGAGCUAUGGUUGGACAGAAACCAGCUCUCCUCACUACCUCCUGAGCUGGGAAACCUGCGGCAGCUGGUUUGCUUGGACGUGUCAGAAAACCGUCUUUCAGAGCUUCCCACAGAGAUCAGCGGCCUUAUUGCCCUCACAGACCUGCUGCUCUCCGAGAACGUUCUCGAAGUCUUGCCGGACAGCAUUGGCUCACUUAAGAAGUUGUCAAUUCUGAAAGUGAACCAGAACCGCUUGGUGCAUCUCACAGACUCUCUUGGCGAGUGUGAGAACCUGACAGAGCUCAUGCUGACUGAGAACCUUUUUCAGUCCCUCCCUCGCUCACUCGGGAAGCUGAAGAAGUUGACCAACUUGAAUGUGGACCGAAACCGCUUGAGCAGCGUCCCAGCAGAGCUGGGAGGAUGCGUCAGCUUGAACGUACUCUCCCUCAGAGAUAACCGGUUGGGAAAACUACCCGCUGAGCUCGCCAACGCCACAGAAUUACACGUGCUGGAUGUGGCAGGCAACAGGUUGCAGAAUUUACCGUUUGCAUUGGCCAAUCUGAACCUGAAGGCCAUGUGGCUGGCAGAGAACCAGUCUCAGCCCAUGCUGAAAUUCCAGACAGAGGAUGAUGAGCAGACUGGAGAAAAAGUUCUCACCUGCUACCUGCUGCCCCAGCAACCCUCAUCAAGCCUCGAGAAUCUGUUGGACAGGAGCGUUGAUGAAACCUGGCCCACAGACACUAAUUUGAACAGGGUAUCAGUCAUUCAGUUCCGGGAUGACUCCAAACACGAAGAGGAAGAUGAGGAGACAGCGGCAGAGAGGAGGCAGGGUCUUCAGAGGAGAGCCACACCACAUCCUAGUGAGUUAAAGGUGAUGAAGAAUGUCAUUGAAGCCAGAAGAAAUGAGGCUUAUACAGCCAAACCAGAUGAGGGUCUGGAGUCCCCGGACUCUGAGGAGAAACGGUUGAGUGGGCUGUCCAAUCAAAGUCAUGAUUCUCAGGCAUCCAGUAGCACCGCCUCGGCCACUUCUCAGGACGAGAAGCGGGGUAUAAACAGUACAGGGAUGGAGCUUAAUGAUGGACAGUGUCGAGAGGAGGAGGAGCUGGAUGAGAUGGAGGUGGAGUAUUCUGAGCCUACUGUGCACUUUGCUGAAGAGCCCAUCAUUCGUUGCGGUGAUGAUGAGGAAGAUGAGAAUGAAGAAGAUGAUGCUGAAAGGAGCUAUGAGGACUCCCGAACGCCACCUUUACCUGCCGAGAAACAGCGGCUCAUACGUAAAGACACACCACACUACAAAAAGCACUUCAAGAUCACCAAGUUGCCCAAACCUGAGACUGUCGCCGCCCUGCUGCAAGGCUUCAGUCAUGACGGCCUGUCACCUACUGCUCACACCCCUGAGGAUGAAAGGGAUGAUGAUGUGGAGGAGGAAGAUGAAGAGGACGAGGGAGGAGUAAUAGUCAAUACUCCAUUCCAGCACAGACUAGAAACCGCUGAGCUAGAAGACAGCAGGCUGAGUCAGAUGAACUCAUCCCUGCAGCCAGUGAAGGGGGUGUCAUUUGAUCAAGUCAAUAAUCUGCUGAUUGAGCCUGCUCGAAUUGAGGAGGAAGAGCUGAACCUGUCCAUCCUGAGGCAGACUGGUGGGUUAGGCAUCAGCAUAGCAGGGGGGAAAGGAUCUACGCCCUAUAAGGGUGACGAUGAGGGUAUUUUCAUCUCUAGAGUGGCAGAAGAGGGCCCUGCAGCUCGUGCUGGGGUCAAAGUGGGAGACAAACUUCUUGAGGUGAACGGAGUAGACCUGCAUGGGGCAGAGCAUCACACAGCUGUCGAGGCCUUGCGUAACUCGGGGGCAGCCGUGGUUAUGACCGUUCUACGAGAGCGCAUGGUGGAACCAGAGAACGCCAUCACCACCACACCAUUGCGACCAGAAGAUGAUUAUUUCCCCCGGGAGAGACGUUCCAGUGGGCUGCCUUUCCUCCUGGACCCUGCCUCACCUGCUGUUAGCACUGGACCUUCACAGCGACUAGCCACUUGUCUGAUCCGCAACGAUAAAGGUUUAGGUUUCAGCAUUGCUGGAGGGAAAGGGUCAACCCCGUACCGAGUAGGAGACACGGGAAUCUUCAUCUCUCGAAUUGCUGAAGGAGGAGCUGCUCACAGAGACACUGUCCUGCACGUGGGAGACAGGGUCAUAUCAAUCAAUGGUGUAGACAUGACAGAGGCCAGACAUGACCAGGCAGUAGCGCUGCUUACUGGCACCUCCCCCACCAUCACCCUCCUGGUCGAUCGGGACCAGGCCAGUGCAGGGGGCGCCUCCCCUCGAACUCGACCUCAUUCACCCCCUCCUCCAGAGCCAUCUGACUCACCUGAGCAAGAGGAAGGAGGAGACGAGCACCUUGGAAACCAUCUCAACUGUCCCAUGGAAGAUGAAUACCCCAUUGAGGAAGUGAUGCUGUUCAAAGCGGGUGGUCCCCUGGGUUUGAGCAUUGUAGGGGGUAGCGACCAUGCCAGUCACCCGUUUGGAAUUAAUGAGCCAGGGGUGUUCAUCUCAAAGGUCAUCCCCAAUGGCUUGGCCUCUCAGAGUGGACUUCGUGUGGGUGAUCGUAUCUUGGAGGUGAAUGCCAUCGACCUGCGACAUGCAACACACCAGGAAGCUGUUAGAGCAUUGCUCUCCAACAAACAGGAGAUCCGCAUGCUUGUGCGCAGAGAUCCCUCGCCUCCCGGCAUGGAGGAGAUUGUCAUUCACAAGCAGCCUGGAGAAAAGCUAGGAAUCAGCAUCAGGGGUGGCGCUAAAGGCCAUGCAGGAAACCCCUUUGACCCCACAGAUGAGGGCAUCUUCAUUUCCAAGGUGAGCACCAGUGGUGCCGCUGCACGAGAUGACCGACUGCGGGUGGGCAUGCGCAUUCUUGAGGUGGGCAACAACAGUCUGCUGGGUAUGACCCACACGGAAGCAGUGAGGGUCUUGCGUGCCUCCGGUGAUUCCUUGGUUAUGCUUGUGUGUGAUGGCUUUGACCCAAGAAACGCUACGGGCAUAGAGGCAUCCCCUGGUGUUAUUGCAAACCCGUUUGCGGCCGGUAUUGUUCGUAAGAACAGUAUGGAGAGCAUCUCGUCAGUAGACAGAGACCUGAGUCCUGAAGAGAUUGACAUCAUGCAGAAGGAGGUAGAAAUGGUAAGAGAGACGUCCCAGUGGGAACGGGAGGAGAUGGAAAAAGUGGAGCGAAUGCGCUUGGAGCGCGAGGAGGCAACUCGCUUGCUGGAGGAGGAAACUGAGAAUUUGAGCACUGGGCCAUUGAAACUGGACUACAAGACACUGGCGGCUCUGCCUAUGACUAGUCUACAGAAAGUUAACAGAUUUUCUCCCUCCUUUGCUGCAUUCGUCACAAUGGAGGCUGCCAUGCCAGCUGGCCCCGUAGAUCCCCUGGGUUUUGAGAAAGUCCAUGCCUCUAUGUACCAUGUAGAGCCCAUUGCCCUCCCUUCAUCUCCAGUCUGCACUGCCGCAAGUUCAACGGCUUUAAAACAGCCCCAAGCCGACACAUGGGACCCACUCCCAGCUCUAGGAGUGCCACAAGAAACUAACCAGGAAGAAGAAUGUUUUGUGGACUCCCAGCCAAUCUGCUUUAGUGAAAACCCCUUCCUUGUGGCUAAUCGCAAGGGCAAAGGCUGCCCUCCUGAGGAGCGCAUUUUAUCAGGGCCACCUGUGGGUUACGGCAGGCAUGGGCAGCUGCAACCCUGGUUGUACAGCAAGGGUUCACCGUCGGAGCUUCUCAGGAUUGACAGUCCUGUCCGAGAUGCUGCACACUCUCCACACAACUCGCAGCAGUCCCACAAAUCUUCCUCUGCGAUGCUUGGAAGAGAGGUUCGAUAUUCAAACAUUCAGUUCCCUUCAAAUGCAAACACCAAGGAUAAUUCAUCAUCAACUAAACCUGGUGCCAUCCAGCCACUCUCUAGGGUGCGACCCGCUGUGUCUCCAGCCAGUCAGGAUGGCCACAGCAGUCCCAACCCUUUCCAGCAUGGCCUCUCUCCCAUCAGCUCUCAGACCACUCCUCGUGCCCCAUCCCCUGACACACAUGAGGAAUACCCCAUCAAUAUCAAGCAGGUAUAUAAGGCCUUCGCAGCUGUGCCACACUCCCUGGCCGUACUGGAACCCCCACAGGAUCUUUACGCUCCACGGAACAAUGUCAGCGCAAAGCAACCGUCACCAGAGCCUGUGCUGAAUAAUGAGGUGUUUAUGGAUGAGGGUGAUGGUGAGGGCAGUGGUCCUCUCAGCUCUCGUCUCUCCCUCUCAUCUGACCGCCGCGAGUACAGGAGCCUGGCAGCCGUGCCACGCCUGUCUCGCCCCUCAAUGGAGUCGAAGACUCCCCCCUCUUUUGGCAGAGAUAGUCCAGAGCAGCGCUCCUUCAGAGACAGACAGAAAUAUUUUGAGAUUGAUGUGAAGCAGCAGACACCAGACAAACCUAAACCUCGCAUCUCACUUGUGGGAGAAGAGGACCUGAAGAAAAUGAAAGAGGAAGAAGCAAAGCGAAUUGAACAGAGUGCACAAGAGUAUAUGCUGGAUGAAGACGAAGAGGAUGAGGAGGAAGAUCUGGCAAAACAGGUGGCAGAUAUGAAGGCUCACGGAAAGGUUAUACUUGAUGGUGUGGAGUACAAGGUGGAGAGCUUGGGAAGUCACAGUUCCCCAUCUCCACGGCAGUGUGCCACACCUCCAAGCUAUAGUGCCACGCCUCCCAGCCACUGUGGCAGCUCAGGUCCUUCCUCUGUCGACGGUAAAGGCGACUCCCAGCGAAAUUCAAUGGAAGACGGCUUCAGACUGGAGCAGAGACCAAAUUCCAUGACGGGUUUGAUCCCAGUUUAUCCCGGUGAAUCUGUGGCUCCGAUUCGGACGGCUAAGGCAGAGCGUAGGCAGCAAGAUCGGUUACGCAUGCAGAGCCCGGAGCUUGCCGUCGCUAUGGACAAGGAGCUGUCGCCUGCUGAAAAACGAGCCCUGGAGGCAGAGAAGAGGGCCAUGUGGAGAGCAGCCAGGCCUUAUGGUCUAGAGGAGGACGUAAGGCAGUAUGAGCAAGACCUGGCUAAGCGGCUCUACCAGUCCCGUGUGAGGGCAUCACUAGGCAGUGCUGCAACCCCUCCCAAUUCCUGCUCCUCCUCUUCCUGUCAGCCCAGGAUGAAGUCUCUAGAGCAGGAUGCUUUGAAGGCCCAGAUGGUCAUUGCCAAGUCUAAAGAGGGGAAGAAGCGUGGAACGUUGGAUCAGCUGUCGGAGUCACCGUCACCUGCGCCCACACCCUCUCCAACACCAAUGGAAGAUAUCAGUCCACGGGCAGUGACUUCACCAGGCAGACUGUCCCUGUCAGAAAAGAAGUUUGACUACCGACAAUUCGCUGCCAUUCCUUCUUCCAAACCCGUUUACGACAUUCAGUCCCCUGGUGCAAGUGACGACGUGCGCUUCAUGGAUGAUGCCUCCAGUAACCCAGGUGACUUCCUUGGAUAAAUGCUCUUCUAAUAUUGAUCCAGAAGUUCCCGUGGCCACCACAUCUGCUCUAGAGGAGAUGGCUCUCUACAGUAACAAGCGCAAACUACGACAGGGCCGCCGCAGCCUGGAGGCUCCUGUGCCCACGUAACCGUACACUCACACACUAAUGCAUCUGAACUGUGAAGAUAAAACACACAUAGUGAUCAUCAUCUCAUACUAAAAGAUGUACACAGAUAUUAAACCACUCUUAUUUCGGUGCCGACAACACAGGUUGGGAGGUGAGCUGAUGGGCUUCUCUUGUCUAGUCUUGCUAUGAAAGGUCCAGAGGAUGGCUGAUUCAUUUACCCAUUGUACUCAAUUUUUCUGUUUCCGUCUGUCACCAUUUUAGAAGCAGAAUUGUUUUAAGAAAUGCUGUGGGGUUUUCUAAACACUUUGAAAACAUUCUCUAGAGAAUGUUCUGGGUGAAAUGUGGAAAGGCAGAAAAGGGGAUUUUAAAUGUAUCCGUGUUCAUGUUUUGGGACAUUCAGUUUGCAGACAACAUACUGCUACCUUCACUGACCAUGUAAGCCAGAAUUUCACUUUUGUUGUUUUAAUUCACUAUCAGAAAGAAAAAUGCUUUUAUUCCUUUUAAAUGUAAUUUAUUAAUGUAAUAUACUGUUUUUAAUCUAUGGGAAUCCAGUACAAUAGAGGAACAAAUUGAGGCUUUUUGACAUGUGUAUAAGCUGAUUACUUGUUCUUUUGUGAUGAGUUUUGGGAUUGGUAUACAUUUUCUUGCACGCAACAUUUUAAGAUUGAAAACGAGGCCUUGGCAUAAAGCUUUAUUUCCAUUUUAUAUCCAUAUCAGUUUCAAAACAGAAUUCUCUUUUAAGGUGAUGCAAAUGAAUGUAAUAUUUUUGAAAGGUUGCGUCUGACCUAAUUCAAAGAUCUGUUCUAGAAUGUGUAUGAUCAUGCCAUAUCAUAAAGACUGACCUACUAUAUUGAGUAGCGUCAUUCGAAACCUUUUAAAUCUCUAGUCUUCCUUGACUGGACUAGGAGAGUAAAAUGAAGUGGAUAAUGAUUUCCUAAGACUUUUUUUUGUUCCUUUGGUGAUCUAAAUCACCUAAAAUGCGUUCUCCAUUUUUUCUACUCCUUGUUCUGGGCCAUGUUGUAUAUCUAUAAAUUGAAUCAUUCCCUUUGCUACACUGAGUGACCAGAGUGGAGAAUUUCACACUGACAAAACUCAACUCUCCAUAAACAUUUGGUACCAUUUUGGGACUGCGAGGAGGCAAUCAAAUCAUCUGAGAACAGUUGGUCUCUAUUAACAUCUACA